AUGGCCAGCAACGUCACUCCUGUCACCAAGGAUGAGAUAGACAAGUGCUUUUCCAAGACCACCAACCUGGCAUCCUCGGGCUUGAAUUCCACGGUCCUGGCAUGUAGCGAUGAGUACUUCGCCGCCGCAUCGAACCUGCUCACGCCCGGCCCGCCAAUCCAUAAACCAGGCUAUUUCGUGCAUACCGGUGCAUGGUACGACGGAUGGGAAACCAGACGCCACAAUCCCGCAGAAUACGACUGGGCACUCGUCAAGCUAGGCGUGGGCAGUGGAAUCAUCGAAGGGAUCGAGAUAGAUACUGCGUAUUUCGUAGGGAACUAUGGCGAGAACGUCGUUGUCGAAGGUGCAUACCUGCCGGCCGCCGACCCUGAAGCAGCGUCGAGCGAGCAGGAAAUGAUCAGUGACAGCUAUUCCAAAUGGGAGACAGUUCUCCCUAUCCAGCCGUGCGGUCCAUCGAUGCGCCAGGCAUGGCGAUUGUUGAAACCAACCGGCCCCCCGUUGACGCAUAUACGGGUUCGCAUGUAUCCCGACGGCGGGUUCUCGAGACUGCGAUUGUAUGGCCAUGCUCUGCCUCCAUCUCUGGCCGCGACUCAAGACCAGUCUCCUCCGAUCGAAGAGCUCUCCUCUGCUCUGAUGGGCGGCCUGGCUCUCUCGGCUAGUAACCAGCAUUUCACCCCGAUUUCUAACCUCCUCUUACCCGGUCGAGGGAAGGAUAUGGGCGACGGAUGGGAAACCGCCCGCUCCCGCGAACGAGGACAUGUCGACUGGGCAAUUGUGAAGCUGGGAUUGCCUGGAUCGGCUGUCAAGGUGGUUGUUGAUACCAAGGACUUUAGAGGGAACUUCCCUCGCGCGAUUCGUGUCGACUCAAUUGACUGGAAGGAGGAUGAGAAUAGCGAACCACCCUUUGAUCACGCUGGCUGGACUGAGCUGGUCAAGGGAGAACAGGCUUGCAAAGCCGAUACGGAACAUGUUUAUGAGGGAGAGAACCUGGCUGCUGGAAAUCACAUCACACAUGCGAAGCUGACCAUGAUUCCAGACGGAGGAGUCAAGAGAUUCCGUAUCUUCGGACAUAGAGCUACCAAGGCAUGA